AAACCCUACGUGAAACCAUACUCUGCUGCAGCCGCGAGAGCAAAAGCUUUAUUCGUCACCACCAUCUUCUCCGUAGCUCAUUCAGGUAAGUCAUGGUGAAGCAUAAUAAUGUUAUCCCUGGGGAGCACUUCAGGAAGAACUGGCAGGAGCGUGUCAGGACAUGGUUUAACCAACCAGCAAGGAAGACCAGGAGGAGAAAUGCUCGCCAGGCAAAGGCUGUGAAAAUCUUUCCAAGGCCUACUGCUGGACCUCUUCGUCCAGUUGUUCGUGGACAAACAUUGAAGUAUAACAUGAAAGUCAGGGCUGGUCGGGGCUUCACUCUGGAAGAGUUGAAGGCUGCUGGAAUUCCAAGGAAACUUGCACCAACCAUCGGUAUCUCAGUUGACCAUCGCAGGAAGAACCGUUCUCUUGAGGGGUUUCAAACCAAUGUUCUCCGCUUGAAGACAUACAAGCAGAAGUUGGUUGUCUUCCCAAGGCGUGCUGGCAAAUUUAAGGCUGGUGAUUCUGCAGCUGAGGAGCUAGCAAAUGCAACCCAGCUCCAAGGUCCUCUCUUGGCAAUUCAACAAGAGAAGCCAGUCACCGAACUCGUUAAGGUCACUGCAGAUAUGAAGAAAGUCAAUGCAUAUGACAAGCUUCGUAUUGAGCGGGUCAAUGUCCGUCAUGUUGGUGCCAGGGCAAAGAGGGCAGCUGAGGCUGAGAAGGAAGAAAAGAAGUAAAAUGCUUGUUCUCCAUGAGUCAAAUGUUUUACAAGGAUUUGUUGAGUCUUGCCAGAUUUUGCUAAUCAGCUUUGAAGUAUUUUCCUGGACAUCUUCUGGAUCAAGAAUAUUAGAUUUUGUAAUUUCACUCGA